UGGAUGAGCUGGACUGGGUGCGUGUUGUAGACCAUUCCAAGGUCCUCUGCCGCUCUUGGCAGAAUCUGUACUUCACACCACAAGUUUGCAGGUACGUUCGCAUUGUGGGAACACACAACACGGUCAACAAGGUCUUCCACCUCGUGGCUUUUGAAUGCAUGUUCACCAACCACUCAUUUACCCUGGAGGACGGACUUGUGGUGCCCAGCGAGAAUGUGGCAACCAUCGCCUCCUGUGCCAGUGUCAUCGAGGGUGUGAGCCGUAGCAGAAAUGCCUUGCUCAACGGAGACACGCGCAACUACGACUGGGAUUCUGGAUACACCUGCCAUCAGCUGGGCUCUGGAGCCAUCGUCAUCCAGCUGGCUCAGCCCUUCUCCAUCGGAUCCUUAAGGCUGCUGCUUUGGGACUGUGACGAGCGCUCCUACAGUUACUACGUCGAAGUCUCCACCAACCAGCAGCAGUGGACGAAGGUGUUGGACCGCACCAGGGUGGCGUGUCGAUCAUGGCAGACCUUGACGUUUGAUAAGCAGCCGGCUUCCUUCAUCCGUAUUGUUGGGACUCAUAAUACUGCGAAUGAGGUGUUCCACUGUGUUCACUUUGAGUGUCCGGCCCAGCUCGACACAGAGGUCAAUGAAGGAAGUCCUGGCCUGAAUUCGUCUGACUCUGACGCUGCCUCCCAGCAGCCACGACCCCAGCGACCUUCACGCACACACAGCCUGCUGCCCUCCCAGCCCUCCCAGCCCUCCUCCACCCCAUCGUCGUCCUCACAGUCCCAUCUCUGAGAGCGCCCUCGCCCCCUCGCUGGAGGGUGCUGAGAGGAAGGGAGACCUCAGAAUGCCAUUUUGCACAGCGUUCAUCAUCCAGACUGCACUGCUACAACGCUAAUUAAGGCGAUCGUCUCAUUGUCAUAACCUGUGGUCCCUCUGUCAUAAGUGCAACAUUAGACACUGGUAUAUCUGUAGCAGAAGCGUUUAGGGCUCCAGUCUUCCUCUUAGUUCUGAAACUGAAAGUCAGAUAUUUCAUCCACUGGCCCGUGCAUUUUUGUGAAGGUACUUUUUCAGCUACUAGAACUCAAGUUUUCUCCCGUCAAAAUCAACUGUAAACUUCACUUCUCCAAAGAUGAGGCACACACUGAGAUGUGGUAGUACUGUACCGCCAAAGAACAGUAAGACCAGGAGGGGAAGAGCGUUGUUAUCUGAAUUUUACGAGUUAGUAUUUCCAAAAGAAAUGGAUUUUAUCCUUAAACAAGCUAUUUUUUUAAGGAACUGUCUUAAAAUGAUUCUACUCACUUUUCAUACCAUCAAGCUAACCGAGUAGACGUCAAGUAUUUUUCAAACUGUGGAGUUAAAUCUCUGAAAGGUUUGCCAAAGCUGCCGAGCUAAUGCUUUCUGUGGCAUUUGUAUGCAAAUAGCACUUAAUCCAAUUAUGCAUUUGCAUAUUAAGUAAUGGCUGUUUUAGUAUUUGUCGACGGGCUUUCACACCUCAAACCAAAACCUGUGGUCCUCAUCUGGUGUUGAGUUUUUUUUCUUAGUUGAAAUUCAUACCUCAAGAAAAAACCUUGCUAAAAUUUCAAGUUGAUUUAAUUAAGUGUCUUAAUGAAACAUUUUAAGCACUUGAGUGGCUUAGCACAGAUGAUUGGGGAAAUCAAUUAGGUCAAUGAAUAUUGGCACUGACAGGCUCGGACCAAAUUACAUAUAUGCACUAGAGCUGCCUGGAAGAAGGUUCAUAUACAGAAGAUGCACGAGCAGCUGUCGUCGGCACUUUACUUUACUCAAGUAUACAGAAAUAAAGUUUGCGGCUUGGGUCCCCUGACUGAAGUACAGUUGUGGAGUGCUGGGUUUGGUUUCUUUCUAUUUUAUGUUAAGUUAAUUUGAACACGUCCUCGCUCAUGGAAGUGUCUGUUUAUGUGUUUUUAAAUUAAGCUAUCAGUGCCGUGGUUUCCUUUGUGUCCUGAUGUUGCACUUUUGAGUUGUCUCCUGUGUUUGAAUCCUUUUUGUUUGAUGUUAGAUUAUCUGAAAUAGCUAUCUACAGUGGGUGACACACUGAUGUUUCUA